AGGUACUUGCGACCCAUUAGAAUAUUCAUAUUCAGAACCACACGCUCUCUCUCCCCCCUUUAGAUUCUCACUCACUCUCCCCUCUCCUUUCUCUGCUGGUGCCAGCGCUUUGUGCGUGGCCAUAGCCAUGCCUUUUGCUCAUUGUUUCCAAUAGGAAUUGCGGAGCCUCCUCGUUCAGUUCUUGAUUUGGGUGCAAUCUCUAUGGCCAACACAGAGGAGCAGCUCGCCCUUUUUGGAAAAACCCUAAAAGAAGGAGAAAGGGUUCUCGCUCCCACAAGAAGACCAGAUGGAACUCUUCGAAAACCUAUAAGAAUUAGGGCUGGCUAUGUUCCCCAAGAAGAAGUUGCCAUUUACCAGUCGAAAGGAGCUCUGUGGAAAAAGGGUUUGCCGGAGGUACCACCAGGUUAUGAUCCAGAACUGAAUGCCAUGCCCAAGACCAAGUCGGCCAAGAGGAACGAGCGUAAGAAGGAGAAGAGGUUGCAGGCAGCUCUUUCUUUGCAAAACUCUGACAAGGGAAAGUCCACACUGGACUCUAAUGCAGCAAAAGAGGAGAUACCUUAUUCUAAUGAGCCAGGAAGUCGAAUCAAUGAGGUGGAAUCUGCAGCUCACCACAUGAAUGCAUUGUCCCUUUCUACAACCUCUGUUACAGUGGGUCCAACACCAGACCCAACUGAGACCCCUAAUACAGGAGCCACUGGUCAAGAUAUUGAUAAAAGAAUCCGUUCUUUGAAAAAGAAGAUUCGACUCGCAGAGGGGCUUCCACAGGCUGGUGAUGAGAAAGCCAAUCUGAAACCAGAACAAUUGGAGAAGCUCGCAAAAAUUGAGGGAUGGCGUGAGGAGCUUAAGGCUCUGGAGGGUAAGAAAGCCACAUUGGUUUCAUGAGAUUUGUGGAAUGACGGUUAUAAAUUGAUCUAUGGCAUGUGCAUCUUUAUUUAUGGUUGCUUUGUGAUGGUUUUCAUGCUGAUUUAUGGGUGGUCGAGGAUCCAAUCUGAACAGGAUUGGAGUAAAGUUAGUGCCAAAUUGGAACAAAAAGUCGUUCUGUUUCUUGUCUAUUGAUUCUCUCUCUCUCUCUCUCUCUCUCUCUCUCUCUCUCUCCCUAUUCUGUUCUAGUUCAAGUGAUUGCAUGAAAGAUGAGGAAAAAGUGUAUCACACGAUCUUCAAAUUUUCAGUUCUCUCGUAAAGUAGGAUUCUUAGCAAAUGCUUUACCAGGACCGUGAUCCCGUAUUUUGUGACCUGUUUUUUGUUGGGAGAGUACUGUUGAAUGACUAUAGUAGAGGAUAUCAACACAGAGUGAAAGAUUACAGGUGAGAUUGAUUUACAAACUAGGAAAGGGGUGAAGACCUGGGUGGUGGAGCUACAAUGUAAUGUCACGUUCUCUUUUUACCUAAUAUAUAUACUGUUGAAAUGUCAAUUUC